GGGUGGCGAUGGGGCGGAGGCCGCGCACCGCGGGCGCCCACACCCACGCGCCGCGACGCCGCCGGCACCGGCACAGGGGGGGUUCCGCGCAGCCCCCGCCGCCAUGAAGCGCAUUUUCUCGUGCUCCAGCUCGCAGGUGGCGGUGGAGCGUUGGACAAAGCAGGAUCAGAAGCUUCUGGAAGCGGUGGAGAAGGGGGACGUGGGCAGAGUGGCCGUCCUCGCCGCCCGCAGAGCCGCGCGGCCCACAAAGCUCAACGCCGCCGGGCAAUCCGCGUUCCACCUGGCGGCGUCCAAAGGUCUCACGGAGUGUCUGACGGUGCUGUUGGCGCACGGGGCGGCCGUUAACGAGCGCAACGAGGACGGAAGCACCGCUCUGCAUUUGGCCACGAUCGCCUGUCAGCCGCAGUGCGUGAAGGUCCUCCUGCAGCACGGCGCCAACGAGAGCCACGUGGACGGGCAGAAUCGGACCCCUCUGCACUGGGCGGCGUCCUCGGGCUGUGCCUCCAGCGUCCUCCUGCUCUGCGACCACGAGGCCAUCCUGGACGUCCCCGACGCUCACGGUCAGACCCCCCUGAUGUUGGCGGCGCGCGGCGACCACAGUGCCAUCUGCGCUCAACUGCUGCGCCGCGGAGCGAACCCCCACCUGAGCGACAGCCACAACAGGACGGCGCUGGCGUUGGCGCAGGAGCGCUGCAGCGUGGAGUGCGCAGAGCUGCUGCUGCGCCACGGGGCGGCCGCGGGUGACACCUCCGACACCGCCCAGCGCCCACUGCCACGGCUCCUGCGCCGCAUCCGCCACGAGAACGGUGUCAGCUCUGCCGAGAACACUGCGCCGGAGAGUCAGGCAGAGGGGACCCCCGGCAGCAACAGCGAGGAGGAGGACGAGGAAAAGGAAGAGGGGAAGGAAGAGGAGGAAGAGGAGGAGGAGGAGAAGGAGGAGGAGGAGGAUGGCUGUGAUGCCCAGCACAUGCAGCACCUGCAGGAGCAUCUGGCGAGGAAGCAGCAGGAAUGCGCACACCUGACCGCCGCCGCCAACCACACCCGACAGUGCCUGCGGGACCUGGUGCGGCGUCUGCCCGGCGGCGAAGCUGCUGCCGCCGAGGAUGAGGAUGGCGCCUGCCUCGCCCUCCUGGCCCAGCACGUGCAGGAGCUGCGGGAGAGGAAGGCGACCGAGGAUGACGGCGAUGGAGAGCACCAAACGGCGGCGCAGCUCGGCGGCGAUGGCAGCACGCCGGCGGUGGCCGCGUUCCUGGCGUGGCUGCGAGAUGAGUGUGCUGGGAUGCGGGCGGCGAAGGCGAACGCCUUUACCCGGAGCAAAGCGUUACGCCGGGAGGUGGAGGAAGCCUUGAGGAGCAAAUUACACUAUGAGGUGGUGUCGGCCGACGCCGUCCGGAGGAGUUUGGCCGCUUGGGAGAAGCUGGUGGUGGGGCUGGAGCAGACGCUGAGCCGCGCCGAUGAAACCCACGCUAAGAUGCUCGAGCGAUCCGGCGUCCUCCUCGCCGGGAUGGAGCCCUCGCGGUGCCCCGUGAACGGCUCCGAGGCUGCUCCGGGUGGGAAGAGCCAAGAGGAGCUGCCGGCGGGCGUCAGCUUGGAGAAGGAGGUGGUGGAGCUGAAGGAGAGCAAUGGGAUGCUCGUGGCCGAGCUCGCCCGGCUGGGGCGCGAGCGGGAGCGGCUGCAGGAGGAGCUGCGGCGGCUGCGGGCGCAGGACGGCGCUGCCGAAUCCAUGCCGGAAAAUGCCGGAAUGGGCGCCCUGGCCCGAGCGCGUGAGGAGGUGUCGAGGCUGCGCCGGCGGCUGGCGGGGCAGCGGCGGGAGCUGGCGGCGCUGCGGGACGGGCUGGGCGAGAGGGCGCGGGAGGCGGGCGGCGACGCCGCCGUCCUGCGGGAGCUGCACCGCAAGCUGGACGGGUUGGUGAGGUCCCAGCACGAGGCUUUGCAGCUCGUGGCAGAGAUGGAGGGGGACGACACCCCUGGGGACGGGGACGCGCUGCUGGGCGAGCUGGACGGUGCGCUGGGAGAACUGGUGGAGGAGCUGGGGACGGCGCCCGGUCCCCGCGUGCCGCGGCUGCUGCGGCGGCUGAUGGGCAUCGCCAAAGCCCUGCAUGGCCGGGAGCAGCCGGAGCAGCCCCGGGAGCAGGCGGCGGCCGAAGCCGAGCGUUGGCGAGCGGCCGCGGAGGAGGAGAGGAGGGCGAAGGAGGUGGCGGAGGCGCAGGUGGCCGAGCGGGAGCAGGAGGUGCGGGAGCUGCGGGAGAAGGCGGAGGAGCUGGAGCGCAGCGUGGGGAGCCUGCGGGCCAGGGCGCGAGAGCUCGCCACGGCCUGCCGGGACAAGGACGGCACGAUGAAGAAGCUGCUGGUGGAGACCGAGAAGCUGUCGUCGGAGGUGUUGGUGCUCCGCAGCCAGAGCGCACGGCUCCAGCUCCAGCUGGAGGUCCAGCAGAAGAACCACCGGGAGGUCAUCGGGGUCUAUCGGACCCAUCUGCUCAACGCGGCCCAGGGGCUGAUGGAUGAGGGGGUUCACGCGCUGCUGCUGCGGCUCCUGCGGACGGAGCGCUGAAGGGCGCUCAGCGCGGAGCGCAUUAAAACGGACACCGUCACAGCGGAGAGCGCGUCCGCCUCGAACCGCCCGCGAGGGGGCGGGGCCUGAGCCGGGGCGGGAAGGGGCGGGGAGAGAGAGAGAGAGAGAGAGAGGCGGGAGCGGUGCGCACAGCGCCACACACAGGCCCGGAGGGCCACACACAGCACCAUAGGGCCCCACAGGGACCCACACAGUCCCAUAGAGCCCCACACAGCCCCAUAGGGC